UGCAUUAUCAUCAUUUCUGUUUGUUUUGUUGGAACCGUACUUACACUCCUGGUUGAGGGAUACCACUAGCUGCAGGUUGCUGAGCAUCUGUCCUCCCCACCAAGGUAAUAGGAGCAUAUUGUUUGAGUUAGCGAUUCAGUGUGCGGAGUUGCGGUCAUUUUCCAGUACUCCUUCCUUUGUGCUGUUAGUUCGCCGUCGUCAACCCGGCAGUUUGACCUAAAGUGCUGGCGAGGCGGUCACCGUCGAAGCAAACAAUAACGUUGUUUCAAGAGCGUUAGUACUUUCAGUCGCAUCGACUGCUGUAAGAACGUACCACUCCCAGGUCUCAGUCGACGAGUUUCCUCGCCUGCCCUCGUAGCAGUUCAGCAGUCUCUCUCUUCGAUCCAACCUGGUCCAUCUACCCUACGGUCGUCUCUCACCUGAUAGCUAGUAGUUCAGCAUCCUCACACACGCGUAGGCCUUCCUUUCGUCGUCUGUAGAUGGGGUUAGAGACGCCACAAGAGCUGGAGCAAGCGGGCGGUAGGGAAGCGUCAGGGCACCCCGCACUAGGCGCGGGACCCAGCGCAAACCAGUCGGGGGGAGGGGUGCCGCACCCGGCGAACGCGGAGGCGAAGGCGGAGAUGGACGCGGACGAGGCGGCGCGGGAGAAGCAGAGGAGAAAGCAGAGCUCGACGGGGCAGGUGAUGGAGGUGCCGCCCAUGGACGAGUACUUGUGCCCCAUAUCGGGGGACGUUAUGGAGGAGCCCGUUACAAUCGCGUCGGGCCACACCUUCGACCUCAAGUCCAUUCAAAAGUACUUCGAAGGUGCGUGGGUUGCGCGGGAGAAGCAGAGGAGAAAGCAGAGCUCGACGGGGCAGGUGAUGGAGGUGCCGCCCAUGGACGAGUACUUGUGCCCCAUAUCGGGGGACGUUAUGGAGGAGCCCGUUACAAUCGCGUCGGGCCACACCUUCGACCUCAAGUCCAUUCAAAAGUACUUCGAAGAGGGCAACAAGGACUGCCCCAUAACGCACGAGCCCCUGGAGAACUUCGACUUGGCGCGGAACGAGGAUAUGGCGCGGUCCAUCGAGGAGUGGCGCGCGCGCAACACGGUGAUGCGCAUCCAGGCCGCGCGCCCCAAGCUGCAGUCCGCCAAGGAGGAGGAGGUGGAGGGGGGCCUGCUGGAGCUGUUUCAGCUGUGCGAGGAGCGCGCCACCAACCGCUACUGGGUGGCGGCGGAGGGGUUGAUUCCUGUGGUUGUGAAUUUGCUCAAGUCUAGUAGCCGCAACCUCAGACGGAAAACGCUUGCGACGCUCGCGAACCUCGCGAAUGGGAAUGACGAGAACAAGGAGCUGGUGGUAGACGCGGGCGCGAUCCAGCUGGCCGUGCGCUCUCUCUCGCGUGACGUGGGCGAGAGCCGGCAGGGCGUGGCGCUGCUGCUGGAGCUGUCCAAGAGCCCCAAGGUUUGCGAGGAGAUCGGGCGCGCGCAGGGCUCCAUCCUGCUGCUCGUCACCAUGCUCAACAACGAGAACGCCAAUGCGGCGAAGGAUGCCGCGGCCGUGCUGCAGCAGCUCGCGAGUAAUGAUCAGAACGUGGUGCAGAUGGCCGAGGCCAACCACUUCAAGCCGCUCGCAGAACGGCUCAGCACAGGGUCCGACAUGACCCGGAUCGUGAUGGCGAGUGCUCUGUCCCGUAUGUCGCUCACGGACCAGAGCAAGGCGGUGCUGGUGCAGCAGGGCGCCAUUCCCCCCCUCGUCACCAUGAUCGCGUCGGGCAAGCUUGAGGCCAAGGCGGCGGCCCUCGGGGCCCUCCAGAACCUCUCCUCCCUCGCCGCCAACCGCAACGAGCUCAUCCGCGCGGGGGUCGUGCCCCCCCUGCUGACCCUGCUCUUCUCUGUCACGUCCGUGGUGAUGAGUCUCAAGGAGGGGGCGGCGGCGAUCCUCGCGAAUAUCUCCAUGGCGGCUGGUGCGCAGGCGGAGACGAGGAUUGAUGCGAAUGGGGCGAUUCUGGAGUCGGAGGAGACGAUUUUCCAGCUGCUCUCGCUCAUGAACCUGGCGGGGCCGAACAUCCAGGUGAAUCUGCUGAAGGCCCUGCUAGGCAUGGCGUCGGUGCCGCAGUCGAUGGAGGUGCGCAACCGCAUGAUCGUGGGCGGCGCCGUGGACGUGCUAAUCCCCUUCAUCGACGGCUCCGAAGGGGGUCCUGCAACGCGCCCCCUGGCGGCGAGGGUGCUGCGGGAGCUGUCAAAGGAGCCGGAGGCGGGCAAGAGCGUGGCGGACAGCCUCAUGGAGGGGCAGGGCGCGGCGCUCAAGGCCAUCAUCGCCAUGCUGCAGGACAAGGAUGCGCACGACAACCGUGCUGCCGCCGCGUCGCUCAUUGCGGCUCUGCCGCCUAGCGAUGCGAAGCUCAACCAGGCUCUUGUGCAGGCGGAUGUGGUGCAGACACUGGUGGCGAUGCUAGGAAUGAAGGGCGGCGGGGUGGGCACCAACGCGCAGCUCAAGGACGCGGCCUUGGAGGGAGCUGCCAACGCCCUCGUGCGCUUCACUCUCCCCAGCAACAUCAAGCAGCAGCAGCAGCUGGCGGAGCUGGGCGCCAUCCCACAGCUCGUAACCCUUCUAGUAACCGGCAACGCAGGCGCAAAGCGGGGAGCCGCGCUGUGCCUGGGCAACUUCUCAGAGUCAAGCCCGACCCUCUCUGUGUCCGUGAAAGCCAAGUCCGGCGGGUGCUGCUUUAAGCCCCCAGAGGAGCCCAAGUGUGUGCUCCAUGGGGGCACGUGCUCGGUGCGCUCGUCCUUCUGCCUGCUAGAGGCGGAGGCGAUCGACCCGCUGGUGGGCGCCAUGGGGGAGAAGGAGCCCCUGACGGCGGAGGCGGCGCUGACGGCGCUGUCGACUCUCAUGGCGGACUCGUGCCGAUGGGAGGCCAGCGUGAAGAUCAUCCAUGAGUCGGGCGGGUUUGGGCGGGUGGUGCAGCAGCUGAGCGAGGGAACAGAGCGCGCCAAGGAGAAGGGCGUGUGGAUGCUGGAGAAGCUGUUCCGCCUGGAGGAGUACAAGUUUGAGUACGCCACCAAGGCGCAGGGCGCGCUCAUCGAGAUCACACAACACGGCUCCAAUGAGACCAAGCCCGUUGCGGCCAAGAUCUUGAGUCAUCUGGAGCUGCUGCACCAACAGAGUAGUUAUUUCUGAGCGGUUGUGGGGGGUUUAAGGGGGUGGGUUGAGGUGUGGGGGGGCAUGGGAGGGUGGUGGUGGGUGUGUGAAUGUGUGUGGGGAGGGUGAGGUGGGUGCGGGUUGAAGUGUGGAUGGUGGAGGGGUGUGGGUGGGUUGGGCGUGCGUGAGUGGUACGGCAAGGUCUGGUGCGGUGCGCGCUUGUGUUUAUUUGCUGGGGUUGCUUCUAUUCCCAGUACCCAGGCAUUGCAGAUUCGCAGGUGAAAAGUAGAGUCAGGUAGUCACAAUUUUAUCUCCUGGUGCUUGGUGAGAAUGGGUGGAGGUCUAGAGAUUUGCGAGCUGGAACCUCUUGUGCUUGUCUCAUCCGAGUAUUGUGUAGAGUUGGGAUAUGAGUAAUAAGAUGAGGCUUGUAGGUGGUAGUGUAGCCGAGUUUACUUAAGAACUGUCCUCGUUGAGUGCUCCACCUAAGAGUUUUUACUGGUACCUUUGAUAGG